GAGAGCUCUACGAGAAUUAAAGUGAGCGAACAAAGAGAACUCCCAGCAGCCGCCCGCCGGCUCCUCGCAGCUGCAUCAGGAGACGUCAGUCACGCCCGGAAGGCUGUUCGAAUACGCCUCCCAGAGAAAAGAGCUCAAGUAAAUAAUUGAUGGAAAUUGAUCCGUCCAGGACAAAGCUUUGCAGAAACCCAGUGCAUCCGAUUUCGAGCGGUUUUGGAAUCCUCUGCCAAGUACAGGACACCGGAGCGCGGCGCGGACUUUGAGUGCGGCUACGAUCUUCCAUCUCGGGUGUGGCUCAGGCCUUUUUGUCUUCUUGUCACCUACCCUAUCACCCCCAGCCCCCGGCCCGUCCCGGCCUUCUCUUUCCUCUUGAAAGUAGCCUCUUUUUGGUUACUUCUACCCUAUCCUCCUUUGCAAUCCCGCCCUCUCCCCUGCCCAGUCCGGUGAGGUCAGCUCAUGAAUAUCAGUGCACUUCCUGAGGAGCGUCUGGCACCGCUUGGUACCUCGCGUGUUCGCCUGUUCCGAGCCGCAGCUCCAGCCGAGUCGCCGACCUAGGGAAGUAAUCGGCUCUGAGGGCCGCCGAGCCUGCACGUUAUCGCCAUUGUUUGGAGAAAUCGAGUGGGUGUGGAACUGGGGCGAGAGGGCCCAAAGUCGUGCUCAGCCAAAAAGUCGCAUAUAAUACUACGAAGUUAAACUUUCCUUGCCUUUCAAUGACAUAAAAAUAAAGCCUGAGGUCGCCGGAGGAUCAGAAGGAAAGCGCUGUUGAUUUGCAUCAACUUCCAAACAUCGCGUCUGCAGAGAAAUUCUUCCUAGAUCGCCAUGAGUCAGCCACCGAUGGGGGGCGCUGCCCCUGCCACAGCCACAGCUUCUGCGGCCACCUCUGCCACUGAGGCUCGACUGCACCCAGAGGGCAGCAGCAGAAAACAGCAGCGUGCCCAAUCACCUGCCAGACUAAGGGACAAUUCGGUCCGACAGACAACCGCGACCACCCGGUCCCCCGUGGGGGCCGGCACUAAACUCAAUUCUGUUCGACAGCAGCAGCUGCAGCAGCAGCAGGGCAACAAGACCGGGAGCCGCUCAGUGCCUCCGACCGGCGCCCGAGGAGGCGGAGGAGGGGCGGAGAAGGCUGCGCCCCUGGCGCCCAAAGGGGCCGCUCCGGGAGCUGUCCAUCUCGCGGCUGGUGCUGAAGCGGCCCCCGCGGCGACCCUGGCCCCAGUGGGCGGCAGGAGGCCUGGCCCGUCGGAGGUGCCAUCCCGGGAGCUAGAGCCAGUGUCCGCCAAACUCGGGGAACCCCCUCCGCUCGGGGAAGGAGGAGGAGGGGGUGGGGAAGGAGGAGGAGCCGGCGGCGGCUCCGGGGAAAGGGAGGGGGGCGCUCCGCAGCCGCCGCCGCCGCCCAGGGGCUGGCGAGGGAAAGGCGUACGCACUCAGCAGAGGGGCGGCAGCGGCGGGGAGGGGGCCUCCCCUUCACCAUCCUCCUCUGCGGGCAAAACCCCAGGCCCAGGCAGCAGAAACUCCGGAAGCGGUGUUGUGGGGGGCGGCAGCGGUGGCGGAGGGAGCUACUGGAAGGAAGGAUGUCUGCAGUCUGAGCUCAUCCAGUUCCACCUCAAGAAAGAGCGGGCGGCAGCGGCAGCAGCCGCGGCUCAGAUGCACACUAAGAACGGCGGCAGCAGCAGCCGCAGCUCCCCGGUCGCUGGCGCCCCUGCCAUUUGCGAGCCUCUUGCAGUCCCUUCCGUCUCCCCAAUGGCGGCGGCAGCGGAGGGCCCCCAGCAGAGCGCCGAGGGCAGCGCGAGUGGAGGCGGCAUGCAGGCGGCAGCGCCUCCUUCGUCGCAGCCGCACCCGCAGCAGCUCCAGGAGCAGGAAGAAAUGCAGGAGGAGAUGGAGAAGCUGCGAGAGGAGAACGAGACUCUCAAGAACGAGAUUGAUGAGCUGAGGACCGAGAUGGACGAGAUGAGGGACACUUUCUUCGAGGAGGAUGCCUGUCAACUGCAGGAAAUGCGCCACGAGUUGGAGAGAGCCAACAAAAACUGCCGGAUCCUGCAGUACCGCCUCCGCAAAGCCGAGCGCAAAAGGCUCCGCUACGCACAGACUGGAGAAAUCGAAGGAGCGGUUGCAAAGGAUGUAUCUGUGAGACUUCACCAUGAAUUGGAAAAUGUGGAAGAAAAGCGAACAACAACAGAAGAUGAAAAUGAAAAACUGAGGCAACAGCUUAUAGAAGUUGAGAUUGCAAAGCAAGCUUUACAGAAUGAACUGGAAAAAAUGAAGGAGCUGUCCUUAAAAAGAAGAGGAAGCAAAGAUUUGCCAAAAUCUGAAAAAAAGACUCAACAGACUCCCACAGAGGAGGACAAUGAAGAUCUGAAAUGCCAGCUGCAGUUUGUGAAGGAAGAAGCUGCUUUGAUGAGAAAGAAAAUGGCCAAGAUUGAUAAAGAAAAGGACAGAUUCGAACACGAGCUUCAGAAGUACAGAUCCUUUUAUGGAGAUCUGGACAGUCCUUUGCCGAAAGGAGAAGCCGGGGGGCCUCCAAGCACCAGGGAGGCUGAGCUCAAGCUGCGGCUGAGGCUGGUGGAGGAAGAAGCCAACAUCCUGGGCAGGAAAAUCGUGGAACUGGAGGUGGAGAACAGAGGCCUGAAGGCAGAACUCGACGACCUAAGGGGGGACGACUUCAACGGCUCGGCCAACCCCCUCAUGAGGGAGCAGAGCGAAUCCCUGUCGGAACUGCGGCAGCACCUGCAGCUGGUGGAAGACGAGACGGAGCUGCUGCGGCGGAACGUGGCCGACCUGGAGGAGCAGAACAAGCGCAUCACGGCGGAGCUCAACAAGUACAAGUACAAGUCGGGCGGCCACGAGAGCGCGCGACACCACGACAGCGCCAAGACCGAGGCUCUGCAGGAGGAGCUGAAGGCGGCACGCCUGCAGAUCAACGAGCUCAGCGGCAAGGUCAUGCAGCUGCAGUACGAGAACCGCGUGCUGAUGUCCAACAUGCAGCGCUACGACCUGGCCUCGCACCUGGGCAUCCGCGGCAGCCCCCGCGACAGCGACGCCGAGAGCGACGCGGGCAAGAAGGAGAGCGACGACGACUCGCGGCCGCCUCACCGCAAGCGCGAAGGGCCCAUCGGCGGCGAGAGCGACUCGGAGGAGGUGCGCAACAUCCGCUGCCUGACACCCACGCGCUCCUUCUACCCCGCGCCCGGGCCCUGGCCCAAGAGCUUCUCCGACCGGCAGCAGAUGAAGGACAUCCGCUCGGAGGCCGAGCGCCUGGGCAAGACCAUCGACCGGCUCAUCGCCGACACUAGCACCAUCAUCACUGAGGCGCGCAUCUACGUGGCCAACGGGGACCUGUUCGGACUGAUGGAUGAGGAGGAUGACGGCAGCCGCAUCCGCGAGCACGAGCUGCUCUACCGCAUCAACGCGCAGAUGAAAGCCUUCCGCAAGGAGCUGCAGACCUUCAUCGACCGCCUCGAGGUGCCCAAGUCUGCGGACGACCGCGGCGCCGAGGAGCCCAUAUCCGUGAGUCAGAUGUUCCAGCCUAUCAUUUUACUUAUUCUCAUUCUUGUAUUAUUUUCAUCACUUUCUUACACAACAAUAUUUAAACUUGUCUUCCUUUUUACACUGUUUUUUGUACUGUAAAUCUUUCAUCAUUUACCAUCCAUUGUAGUAUUU